GGAUACCCACUGCCGCUCCAGAAUUCUCUGCUUAGGCAGGGCAGCUCUCCCUGCAGCCUGCCUGGAAUAUAUUUUCCUUUACCAUGGUAUGGUCAGCAGCACAUAACCUGCAAAGCCUGAGACCAGCCUCCCCCUCCAGGUCUGAAGUUGCCCCCUGCAAGCCAUUCAGCAACUCCGGCAGAGAAGUUCACAUCUGAAGACUUUGCCAACUGUAACUCAGAAGCUAAGUGCUCUCUGGGAUGCUGGCCAGCUAACCUGAGCUCAGGAGACUGGGUCCAGGUAACCCUCACUGCAAACUUCUCUCAUGCACCAAGAAAAACCAGAGUCAACAAGUAGAGGAUACAAGAUGCUUCCUGUCUUGGACUUCGCUCAGGCCUCAGAGGAUCCAACACAGCUUUCGCUACAGUUCUCACUGCCCCUCCCGACCAAAACACAGCCUCUCACACCCAUGGCAGACAGCCCCUCUCCUGGGGACAGAAGGCUGUACCAACUCUGCUCUUCUUCAAAUGUCGCAGCCCUUAAUCCCACCCAGCAACAGACUCUGGCUCUCCGCACAGAGUGUGACAACAGUGACCCUGGUGUUUGGAAGGAAGCCCAGGAGGAGAUAGCCCCAGGAGAUGUGAGAUAUCGUCUGGAGCCCCUCACCAGGGCACCACUCCAGAUGCAAAACCCAAGAUACUCCAGCCAGUACUUCAAGACUCAGUGGCUCCCCUUCAGUACAACCUGUGGAGAGUGUUUCCAGCCCAGGAAGGCACAGCCUCUGACGAACAAUAGGAAGAAGCCCUCCCAUUCAGGAGGAUACAACAUGAACACUGCUCAUCAGACUUCCUUCCAAAGUCCUGUUCUUGGUCAGUUGAUACUUCCAAGUCACAUACAGGGCAGAAAAGUAGCACCAGUAGUGCACCUGGGUCAUGUGGCAUGUGUCAGCCAGUAUCUGAACAACUUCCAAACCCCAGCAUGGAGUCAAGUCCCCCAGCCAGGGCAUCAGCAGUGCUGUCUACCUCUUCUCAAUCCCCUCGGAGAAAGAGUCAAGGGUAAGUGCCACUCUAACACAUCCACCAACUUCCAAACAGAAACCGCGAGGAAGCCGUUCUCCCAGGCCUGGGGUGCUCAGCCCCUCAGGCACUGUGGACUUCACUCCAGACCCAAAGAGAAGCCCCUGAUGGGCUCACAGGCACCACUCGAGGACCAAACCACCAGGACUACCUACCUGCCCUUGUUUUCUGAAAAGGUGAAACUGUGUAAACCCAAGGUCGGUGACAUGAGGUUUAACACAAGCAACUUCUCAACUGAGCACAGGAACCCAUUCAGGCCAGCUCCAGAAUGUGGGCCUCAAAAAAAGAACAUCGGGAGAGAGAGACUGCUCAACUAACUUCUGUAAAGAUACAGUGUAAGAACACACAUCUCCUAAGCAACUCAUGUUUAAAACUGAACUCUCAAGACGGCUAGCUCAGUCUAGCUCAGCCCUCUCACGGGGCUGCCCAGCCACACCCUGACUCUGACCCUGCUGCUAGUGAUACUAACUGGGCAACGGUGGUAACCUCUGCACAAGGAAUGCCACACUGUGUGUCCUAGAGGUCACUGUAUUCCAAGAGACCCUAGGGAAGAGGACAGAGGAAUCCCCUCUAGCCAACAAGCCAAUCCCGAAGUGUGAAGGCUUCUUCAGCCACCAACAAUGAAUUAUAUUCUGUGUGAACCAGAGCGUCUGCCUGUUUUUUUUUUUUUUUUUUUUUUGCAUUUUUAAUUGAAACAUAACUCAUACACCACAAGGUUUACCCUUUUAACACACACAAUUCAGGGCUUCCUGCAUUGCCCUUCCUUAAACCUAACCUGAGUAGAGAAGGCACCAGAAAGGG